AUUCUCUCCUGCUCCAGCAAUUUUCUGCCACGAAACCCUCUCGUUGGCAGCAGGAGAAAACGCUAGAGGCGCGCCCCCAUCAGCCCGCCUCGACUUUUAAUUCCUUCACCUCUCGCCGACAAUAUAGUUCAUUCCUUCCUUCCUUCUGCUGUGUCAUGCCUUCGAUUGCCAUGGUGAACCCGUCACCGGAGUCCGCAGACAAGAAGGAGAAGAAAAUGAAGAAGAUCGCUCUCGAUGGCAUCGAGUCCGAGUCGGUGAAGAGUAAGAAGAAGAGCUCGAAGGUCUCUGAUCAGGAAGAGGACGGGUAUUCGGAGAAGAAGGAGAAGAAAAAGAAGGAGAAGAAGAAGAGGAAAGCUGCGGAGAUGGGGAGCGAGGAUGAGGAGAGGAGUGAGACGAGCUCGGAGCUGGGCGAGCCGGUGAAUUUGAAGUCGGAGAAGAAGAGCAAGAAGAGUAAGAAGACGAAGGUUUCCAGUGGCGGGGAAGAAGAAGAGGAGGGGGAAGAUGACGACGGUGAGGUCGAGGAGAUGAAGCCGGAGGAUCCCAACGCCGUGACCAAUUUCCGGAUAUCGGAGCCGCUGAGGAUGAAGCUCAAGUCCAGGGGGAUUGAGGCGUUGUUCCCUAUUCAGGCGAGAACGUUCAAUGAUGUCCUCGACGGUUGUGAUUUGGUCGGCAGGGCUCGCACCGGUCAGGGAAAGACGCUUGCAUUUGUAUUGCCCCUAUUGGAGUCUCUAACUAAUGGACGUGCGAAAGCUGCCAGGAAGAUGGGAUACGGCCGGCCACCGAGUGUUCUUGUUCUUCUACCGACGAGGGAGUUGGCAGUUCAGGUGUUUGAGGAUUUCAAGGUCUAUGGAGAGUCAUUGGGCUUGACAUCUUGUUGUUUAUAUGGCGGUUCUCCUUACAACCCGCAAGAAUCCAGUCUUAAAAGAGGAGUCGAUAUCGUUGUUGGAACACCAGGGCGCAUUAAGGAUCACAUUGAGAGGGGCAAUAUCAAUUUUAGCUCCUUGGUAUUCCGUGUCCUUGAUGAAGCCGAUGAAAUGCUCAGAAUGGGUUUUGUAGAGGAUGUGGAGCUUAUCCUAGGAAAAGUGGAGGAUGUUACUAAAGUCCAGACACUUCUGUUCAGUGCUACCCUGCCUGAAUGGGUGAAACAUAUUGCUUCAAAGUUCCUUAAACCGUCCAAGAAAACCAUAGAUCUUGUUGGUAAUGAGAAAAUGAAGGCUAGUACCAAUGUAAGACACAUCGUCCUUCCUUGUUCUGCAUCGGCUAUACCUCAACUGAUCCCUGAUGUCAUCCGCUGCUACAGCAGUGGUGGUCGUACCAUUAUUUUCACUGAGAAGAAGGAUACUGCUAAUCAACUUGCGGGGUUAUUACCUGGUGCUCGUCCUUUGCAUGGUGACAUACAACAAUCUCAAAGAGAGGUAACUCUUUCUGGGUUCAAGUCCGGCAAGUUCUUGACACUAGUUGCCACAAAUGUGGCUGCAAGGGGAUUGGAUAUCAAUGAUGUGCAGUUGAUUAUCCAGUGUGAACCUCCGCGUGAUGUUGAAGCUUAUAUUCAUCGAUCUGGACGUACAGGAAGAGCAGGCAAUACUGGGGUCGCUGUGAUGCUCUUUGAUCCAAGAAGGGCUAACAUUUCCAAGAUACAGAGGGAAGCUGGUAUAAAAUUUGAACAUGUAGCUGCACCUCAAGCUGCUGAUAUUGCCCAAUCUGUUGGUCUACAAGCAGCUCAAACGAUAACCAAGGUUUCCGACAGUGUGAUCCCUGCUUUUAAGGCUGCAGCUGAGGAACUAUUGAAUUCUUCUGGUAUGUCAGCUGUGGAUCUCCUUGCUAAAGCACUGGCAAAGGCUUCUGGUUAUACCGAGAUUAAGACUAGAUCACUUCUGAGUUCCAUGGAGAACCAUGUUACGCUUCUUCUCGAUGCUGGAAAACCAUUCUAUUCUCAAUCGUAUGCUUAUGGUAUGCUGAGGAGAUUCUUGCCAGAAGAUAAAGUCGAGUCGGUGAAGGGCUUUUCACUCACACUGGAUGGGAAAGGUGCUGUCUUUGAUGUGGCAGCAGAGGAUGUGGACACUUUCCUCGCUGGGGCGGAAAAGGCAGCUAACGUGAGCUUGGAGGUUGUGAAGGCAUUGCCUCCCCUACAAGAAAGAGAGCAGUCUAGGGCAAGAUUUGGCGGUGGCGGCGGUGGCCGUGGGUAUGGUGGUCAAAGUGGUGGUGGUUUCAGAUUUGGCGGCAGAGGUGGCGGCGGCAGAGGAGGUGGUGGUAGGGGUGGUUCCGGCGGUGGGUGGAGAGGUUCUGGGAAGAAGUGGUGAGCUCGAGUCUAAUUACAGGCUUUGGCCCAUUUGAGUUCAACAUGACAGAAGCAGGAGGUCGCAUCGCAAACUGGAUUGCUGGGGACCUUAAUUGCUGCUGCUGAUGACAACGAGAAAGCUUUCGAACCGGACGUUCAGACUUGAUUUAUUGCUUCCCCUUUUGUCUGUUUCUUAUUUGUCUUUAAAUUAGCUUUGUAUUUGGCGCUCCUUUUUUGGGGUUUCUCUAAUUUUCUGGGGAUUUUUGAGCCUCUCCCCCCUAUCUUUGAGUUAUAUUCUGGUAAAUGUAAGAUGACUAUAGAAGAAAGUGAUAAUCGAAAUAUGAAAAGUGUUCUUAUUGGCUUUUAUUCUCUUGCUGUAGUCAUCAGGCAACUCUCAACUUGUUAUAGGAAAAAGAAUCUAAGA